CUGGUGAAUCCCCAGGGCAGAUCUAACACACAGACUGAAUGAGUCCAUCUUUGGCUGUCGGACGGACUCCUCAAGAGCACAGGACGGAUGCAAACAGGCUAAACACAUCUUGGCAAUUCACAAAAACACCCUCAGCAUCUCCGCCAACGGUGUUUUAGCCGAGCGGGGUGAAUCUCACACCGGGGGACCAGUCGUUUCACAGGGAGAAGAUGCCAUUCCACCAUGUACGAGCGGGCCUGCUCUAUCCAGACAACUACCUGAGCAGCUCCCUGACGGAGGGCAGUGAAGCCUUCCAGCUUACCAGUAUCUCCACAGAGGAGCUGGGAGAGAUCCGUGAGGCGUUUCGUGUUUUGGAUCGUGAUGGAAAUGGUUUCAUCUCCAAACAGGAGCUGGGAAUGGCCAUGCGCUCCCUGGGUUACAUGCCCAGUGAAGUGGAGCUGGCCAUCAUCAUGCAGAGACUGGACAUGGAUGGAGACGGCCAGGUGGACUUCGAGGAGUUUAUGACGAUACUGGGGCCCAAACUGCUGUCAUCCGACAACAGAGAAGGCUUCCUGGGCAACACUAUUGACAACAUCUUCUGGCAGUUUGACAUGCAGCAGCUGUCUCUGGAUGAGCUGAAGCAGGUGCUGUUCCAUGCCUUCCGGGAUCACCUGACAAUGAAGGACAUAGAGAACAUCAUCAUCACUGAGGAGGAGAGCCUCAAUGAAACCUCAGGGAAUUGCCCUGAGUAUGAGGGAGUCCAUCCUAAAAAGAAGAAUCGACAGACAUGCGUCAGGAAAAGCCUGAUCUGCGCCUUCGCUAUGGCUUUCAUCAUCAGUGUCAUGCUUAUCGCGGCCAAUCAGAUGCUGCGGAACGGCAUGGAGUAACCAAUUGCACUGUGAGCAUGGGAAGUGGACAGAACAGCCAUGACCUCACAUCUUGUCUUUGCAGCCAAAGCUGGACCAGCCACAACCCAAGCACUUCUCUGAACAAUCAGUUGUGUUUUGUUUUUUCAUUUAAUUUGAACUUAUCCUUAUAGAAGCAGACGAUAUGAGUGAAAUGAAGAGAGAUGUGUUUGUUUUGCAUUGAAGAUGUCACCAUGUAAAGUAUCUGGACUUACUGAUUAUAGAGAAGAACCUGAACUGGAAAAUAAUUAUGUUUUUAUAUAAAUUGUGAGAAUAAAUAGACGGUUUUAUUUUGCCGUUCUCAAGACUAAGAAUGCCCUUUAAACUUGAUUUUCUAAUUACCGAAAAUGUUUCUAACAUUUAUCAGGUGCUUUGAGCCAUUCCUGAUUUCAAAAGCAAACACUGGUUAUUAUGGACAACUGCAUAUUUACCCCAGAGAAGUCGCUCUGAAUGUGAACUGAGUGAAUGUCGUGCACAGCAUUUAAAAGCAUUGUAAAUCCCUCACAUUUCAUACAGUCAUGAAUGAGCAUCACACUUUUUGUGAAACGUCACACCCUCGACUCAGUCUGCAAAUCUUGGGGCACAUGAAGUCUUUACAUGUAUCUACAAGGAACACAACUCAGUAAGCACUUGAGAAUCACCACUGUCCCGCUUAGUCUACUCUUUAGUCUUAGUACUGAUUGAUUGAUUGGUCACUUAGCAUUUAUGUGGGCGUGUAUUAGACAGUGUUGUCCACAUAAGCUCAGGCUGUGUGUGAGGAGUAAAAUAUAUGAUGGUCAAAAACAAGAGACAGCUAUGGUUUUGGUUAAGUUAGGACCGGGCUGAUAUUUUUUAGCUAUGCUUUGGGAGAAAAUGUUUCACUUCAGCAUCUCAUUGUAAUACUGCCCAACUGUGGUUAAAUAUAGACCACACAAAAGCAUGCCAGUACAUACACUGCCAUACCAAACACUACUCUAACUCCAGUUUCCCAUUGAUUUCACUGUAUAUAUAGCACUACUUACUGUAGCUUGUGUGAU